UUUGCGCUACAUGUACCGGAAGCCAGACGCCGUACACGUAGAGUACAUGUACAUGAUGUAUUGUACACGUACAGUAUAGCAAUUGUACGUGGCGAAAUAUAUGAAAAGGGAUCUCAGGUUCUCCAUGUUUUCAAGGUUUACUGAGAUUACUGCUGGGGCUAAGUUUUAAGAAGGCCCAGUGCUGUUUUAGGAGGCCGAGUAUGCUUAAGUCAAAGUCAGCCCCUAGCUUACAUCCGUCGAAAUUCGUAAAGAUCAGGUUGAAGUCAGACGAUGGACCAGACUCAGGUCUUUGGACAAGACAUGAGAGAAUAGAAUGGACCGUCAUCCUCUUGGUUGGUUCUACCAUCCUGUAUUCCGCGCGGACCAUUCUACCUCUCUGUGCAGUGAGCGUUGCAAGGGAGUUUGGCUGGGACAAAGCUGAAACGGGUCUAGUGCUUGCAUGUUUCUUGUGGGGUUAUCCCUUUACCCAGAUCCCAGGAGGUUAUCUUAGCGAUAAGAUUGGCGGUGACCUUGUCCUCUACCGAGCAGCUCUCAUCUGGGGAGUGGUGACCAUCAUCACAGCAGACGUGCCUUACUUCUACUCCUCAAAAGCAGCAACAGUUUUCUCUAUGGCAUUUGUCAGGUUCCUGUUGGGCAUCACCCAGGGGGUGCACUAUCCCUCGAUGACUAGCCUCAUCAGCAAGAAGGUCAGCGUCGAUGACAAACCAUCUGUCAUCUCUGUGAUCUUUGCUGCCUCGUCAACUGGCACUCUUUUUACGGGCGCCGUGGGCUCAGUAAUGCUGCUGUACUUCCACUGGCAGUCCGUCUUCUAUUUCGUGGGCGUCCUGGGGAUUGCCUGGGGGCUGGGCGUCCGAUGGUUCAUCCGGAAGCGGCGCAAGAAGACAGUCUACAUGCUGCAGAACGGCAGACAGGACGAGAGCGUGAUCAAGAUACAGACAGCCGAGCAGGGAGAAACGGCACAGGGUUGCGCUCACUUCCCGUGGAAGGAGCUGAUCACAAAGAAGCCAUUUUGGGCAGUGUUGGUUGGACAUAGCUGUACCAAUUUCCUAUUCUUUAUCUUGAUUUCGUGGACGCCGACUUAUUUUACUGAAGUGUACCCAGGACAAAAGGGCUGGGUUUUUAAUGUGCUUCCAUGGUUAGUCUCCAUUCCAGCCUCUCUGAGCUCAGGCCUCCUAGCGACUAAACUCCUCUCUCUAGGCUGUCCAGUUGCCCUCUGCAGAAAAAGCAUACAUACAUUAGCCUGUGCAGGGAUGGCCACGUGUCUCAUUGCCCUUUGCUUUGUGAAGGACUAUAACACAGCCCUAGCUUUAAUCAUCGUUGCUGUGGCAAGCCAAGCUUUCAGUAACACCGGGGUGCAAGUCAACAUUCAAGACAUCGCCCCUAAGCAUGCCGGCGCCGUCUACGGUAUCACCAACUGCGGAGGCGCCAUUGCCGGUUUUACCGGCACCUAUCUCACAGGGUACAUUCUUCAUUUGUGGUACAGUUGGCCGGCUGUGUUCUGCAUGGGUGUAGGGGUCGUGCUGUGGGGCUGGUUGGUCUUUGUUCGCUGGGGAUCCGCCAUUCCUGUUAUUUAACUCAGGCCUUUAUAGAAUCAACUCUGUAAUUAAUGUACAUUCUCUACUUAAUAAAAACUAAUUUAUUCCCCACAGAAACCAUAUUUCUUUUCUGAACAUAAACAAGUUUUAAGCCAAGAUUUAGUAUAAUUUCUUGAAGCUUAAUCAUGAAGGCUUGAAACCCUUCUCCAUUAUUUUGUUUGAUUGCAAAAACUUCCUACAAAGCUCAAAAGAGACUUAAGUACACAAAUUGGACAAGCAAACAACCUCAAUUUUAUUUUAUGUGGAUUAUCAAAAAUCGGUGGGCAGUUUCUGUGCAGUGGAAAUCUGUAGUAGUGGUGCUUUCUGCACAAACAUAAUAUUUGGGAAAAAAAAGAGAUGAGUGGAUGACGGUAAGAAAGACUGGCUUUCUUGUCGAACUGCGCAAAUUCUAUGCAUUUUUCUCCAAAACAUGGAAAUUGAUUGACAGUACUUGCCUGUUAAGUGUUAAAUGUAAGAAUUAUAGCGAUUUUUCUGUUGUACAUGUAAAUCUCACUAUUUAGUUUUUGUUUAUUUUUUUAAUCUUGGUGGCAGUUGUUUUUUUUUUUUAAUCAUCUAAAAAAGGACGCUUAAGAAACAUUAAGACAACUUUUAAAAUGAAACAUGCUACAUGUUUAGCAAUACUCUUCAGUUUUUAAAUCCAAUAACAAGAAGCUGCAAUGCAAUGCA